UGUGUUUCGCAUUGCAUCAAUUAGAGUUAGGUCUUUCCUCCCACUGUCGCCAAAAUGUCCCGCACUCCUCUUCGCCCCGGAGUUUACGCUCCCACCAUGACUUUCUUCAACCCUGACACCGAAGACCUCGACGUUCCUACCAUCCGUCGCCACGCGGUCCGCCUCGCCAAGGCCGGUCUGGUUGGUCUCGUCUGCAUGGGCUCCAACGGUGAAGCCGUGCACCUGACCCUGGCCGAGAAGAAGACCGUCAUCAGCGAGACGCGCUCUGCCCUGGUCGAGGCCGGGUUCUCCAACGUCCCCGUCAUCGCGGGCGCCAGCGAGCAGAGCAUCCGGGGCACCAUUGCCCUGUGCAAGGAGUCCGCGGACGCGGGUGCCGAAUACGCCCUCAUUGUUCCCCCCAGCUACUACCGCUACGCCGUGGGCAACGACCAGACCAUCUACGAGUACUUCACCGCGGUGGCCGACGAGUCCCCCAUCCCGCUCAUCCUCUACAACUACCCCGGAGCCGUCGCCGGAAUCGACAUGGACUCCGACCUCAUCAUCCGCAUCUCCCAGCACCCCAACAUCAUCGGCACCAAGUUCACCUGCGCCAACACCGGCAAGCUCACCCGCGUCGCCUCCGCCCUGCACGCCAUCACUCCUCCCUCUCCCCUGAACCCGGCCGCCCGCAAGUUCCCCAACACCAAGACCGAGGCCAACCACCCCUACGUCGCCUUCGGCGGUAUUGCGGACUUCGCCCUCCAGACCCUCGCCUCCGGCGGCUCGGCUAUCCUGGCCGGCGGUGCCAACGUUAUCCCCAAGCUGUGCGUGCAGAUUUUCACACUCUGGAGCGAGGGUCGCUUCACGGAGGCCAUCGAGGCGCAGGAGCUGCUGAGCAAGGCCGACUGGGUGCUCACCAAGGCAGCUAUCCCCGGUACCAAGAGUGCCAUUCAGAGCUACUACGGGUAUGGUGGAUUCCCCCGCAAGCCGUUGGCCCGUCUCAGUGAGGAGCAGGUCAAGGCCGUGGCGGAGGGCAUUAAGGAUGCGAUCGAGGUGGAAAAGUCGUUGCCUGAUGUUGCUUAG